UGUGUUACCAUGAUUGGCCUUGAACGCCACAUCACGUUUUUACGUAAUUACGUCACUGCCCCAUCCUUUCCUUCUUCUGAGUGCGUGCACGGCUUCAGCCCAGAAUCACAUUCAUCAUGGCGUCCUUAUCGAUGGCCCCGGUCAAUAUCUUCAGACAUGGAGCCGACGAAGAAAAAGCAGAAACUGCUCGACUGUCGUCUUUCAUUGGCGCCAUCGCUAUCGGAGAUCUGGUGAAGAGCACCCUGGGGCCUAAAGGCAUGGAUAAGAUCUUGUUGGGUGGAGGGAAGGGAGGGACGGUGACGGUGACCAACGACGGGGCGACCAUCCUGAAAGCCAUCGGAGUCGACAACCCAGCGGCAAAAGUUCUGGUUGACAUGUCCAAGACUCAGGACGAUGAAGUCGGAGACGGGACGACCUCGGUCACCGUCCUCGCUGCAGAGCUGCUCCGGGAGGCGGAGCUUCUGAUCGCCAAGAAGAUCCACCCACAGACCAUCAUCUCUGGAUGGAGGAAGGCGACGCAGGUGGCCAGAGACGCUCUGAGGGAGGCGGCCGUGGACCACAGCAACGACCCGGCCCGUUUCCAGGAGGACCUCCUGAACAUCGCCAGGACGACGCUGUCCUCCAAGCUGCUGACCCACCACAAAGACCACUUCUCCCAGCUCGCCGUGGACGCCGUCAUGAGGCUGAAGGGCUCCGGGAACCUGGAGGCCAUCCAUGUCAUCAAGAAGCUGGGCGGCAGCCUCACCGACUCCUACCUGGACGAGGGUUUCCUGUUGGACAAGAAGAUCGGAGUGAACCAACCGAAGAGGCUGGAGAACGUUAAGAUCCUGAUCGCCAACACCGGCAUGGACACCGACAAGAUCAAGAUCUUCGGCUCCAGGGUUCGCGUCGACUCCACAGCGAAAGUUGCAGAGAUCGAACUGGCAGAGAAGGAGAAGAUGAAGGAGAAGGUCGAUCGGAUCCUGAAACACGGCAUCAGCUGCUUCAUCAACAGACAGCUGAUCUAUAACUACCCGGAGCAGCUCUUCGCUCAGGCCGGCGUCAUGGCCAUCGAACACGCCGACUUCGCCGGAGUGGAGCGUCUCGCCCUCGUCACCGGUGGAGAAAUCACCUCCACCUUCGAUCACCCUGAGAUGGUGAAGCUCGGCCACUGUAAGCUGAUCGAGGAGGUGAUGAUCGGAGAGGACACGCUCAUCCACUUCUCUGGAGUCGACAUGGGUGAGGCCUGCACCGUGGUCCUACGAGGAGCCACUCAGCAGAUCCUGGACGAGGCCGAGCGCUCGCUGCACGACGCCCUCUGCGUUCUGUCCCAGACGGUGAAGGAGCCGCGCACCGUCUACGGAGGAGGCUGCUCUGAGAUGCUCAUGGCCAAGGUGGUGACUGAUCUGGCCAAUAGGACACCAGGAAAGGAGGCGGUUGCCAUGGAGUCGUUUGCGAAGGCUCUGAGGAUGCUUCCCACCAUCAUCGCUGACAACGCCGGCUACGACAGCGCCGACCUGGUGGCUCAGCUCAGAGCUGCACAUCAGGAGAACAAGACCACGUAUGGACUGAACAUGUCUGAAGGCACCGUGGGAAACAUGGCGGAGCUCGGCAUCACCGAGUCCUUCCAGGUGAAGCGUCAGGUGCUGCUCAGCGCCUCCGAGGCGGCCGAGAUGAUCCUGAGGGUCGACAACAUCAUCAAGGCUGCACCCAGGAAGAGAGUUCCCGACCAUCACCCCUGCUAGAGGAGGAGGAGGAGGAGGAGGAGAACAUGGGAGGGAUCAGUUGUGUUAUUUAUCACCUCUGUGUAGCUCAAAUUAAAGUCCUUUUCUCUGUUGACUGUGGAUGCACCGCGCAGGCUAGCAGGCUAACGCUAGAAGCUAAACAUGGCUGGCUAUGCUAACAUUAGCCGAUGAAAGUCUGGAUGUUGUUUGUUUUGUUUACUGAAAUAAAUGAACCGAUCCUCAU